AGUGCGUCAGGCACAGCACAGCGUCAGUGACAGAAUAGGCGCGCACAUGAACUAGGCACACUUGUCACACAUAUCCUUUUUUUUUUUUCCUUUCAAAAAUCAUCAUUUUCGCCUAGCAUUUUUAUUCUCCAAGGUUUCAUAUACAGUUCUCGCUGAUUUCUGACUUGCUUUUUUUCUUCUCUCGUCCAUUGUCUGCUUCUCAGUCAUUCAAAUCGCUCAUUCAUCAGUCGCCACAGUCUACAAUAAUCUUGGGCCGUUUACUUCUAUUUGUUUACCUGUAUACGCACAACAACGUAUUGCACCAUGAAUGGCACAGGAAACAUCAAGGUUGUUGUCCGAUGUCGUCCUCUGAGUAGCAAAGAAAUGGCUCGUGGGGCCACAAGUCUUGUCCGAAUGAAAGGCAACCAGACGAUUCUUCAGAAACCCGCGUUGGACGAUAUUCAUUCCAAGGAGGACGAGCUAAAAGCAUUCACUUUUGAUAAGUCCUACUGGUCUGGAGAUAAGCAUGACCCACAAUAUGCAGAUCAACAAACAGUCUACAAUGAUUUGGGCCGAGAACUGCUGGAUCAUGCAUUCCAUGGAUACAACUGCUGCAUCUUUGCUUAUGGUCAAACGGGAUCCGGCAAAUCGUACACCAUGAUGGGAUAUGGCGCCGACAAAGGCUUGAUCCCCUUGUCCUGUUCGGAAUUGUUUGAACGGAUUACUCAAUCCACCAGUGACGUUCAAAGCUUUGAAGUGGAAGUCUCCUAUAUGGAGAUAUACAACGAGAAAGUGCGUGAUCUGCUGAAUCCAAGGAAUAAGGGCAAUCUCAGAGUAAGAGAGCAUCCGAGCUUGGGUCCUUACGUGGAAGAUUUGUCAAGGCUCGCUGUCAAAUCAUUUGAAGACAUUGAUCAUUUGAUGACCGAAGGCAACAAGGCCAGAACCGUCGCAUCGACCAAUAUGAAUGAAACUUCGUCCCGAUCCCACGCAGUUUUUACCAUAUUUCUGACGUGCAAAAAUCUUGACACGGCUACCAAACUAAUCACUGAAAAGGCGUCGCGCAUCAGUCUCGUAGAUCUGGCUGGAAGUGAGCGUGCUGACAGCACCGGCGCUACUGGGUUACGGCUGAAGGAGGGUGCCAAUAUCAAUCGAUCCUUAACUGCCUUGGGCAACGUCAUUUCCAAAUUAGCCGAGUACUCCACCCAGGAUGGAAAAAAGCAUAGAAAAGGAAAAGAAGCUUUUGUGCCGUACCGUGACUCUAUCUUGACAUGGCUAUUGAAAGAUUCCUUGGGAGGCAACUCAAAAACGACAAUGAUUGCCGCUAUUUCACCCGCCGAUUAUGAAGAAACCCUUAGCACAUUGCGAUAUGCGGAUCAAGCGAAAAAGAUCAAGAAUAAAGCCAUGGUCAACGAAGAUCCGAAUGCCAAACUUAUUCGAGAACUCAAAGAAGAACUUCAAAUGCUGCGGCAAAAAUUGUACCUCUAUGCUCCUGAAGAAGCGCAAAAGCUCGCCAUUACUGUCAACAGCUCGGUGUCUACGAACAAGCCUACUAUGACGUCUUCCACGCCAUUGAUCCAGCAUAAACCAUCCAUCAGUCAUGAUACGCGAGAAGAAAUGGUGGACCAAUUUCAUGCCUCUGAAAAAUUGUUGAAAGAACUGAAUCAGACCUGGGAAGAAAAGUUGCACCGAACCCAAGAAAUCCACAACGAACGGGAAAAGUCCUUGGAAGAACUCGGCAUCAUGGUGGAAAAGGAUAAUAUGGGCGUGUAUAUGCCGAAAAAUGUUCCUCAUUUGCUGAACCUCAACGAGGAUCCUUUGAUGAGCGAGUGUCUCAUGUAUCCGAUCAAGCCAGGCAUUACGCGUGUAGGUGGACUGAAUCGAGCCGUUGAAGCCGAAAUACGGCUCAGUGGAUCCAACAUUCUGGACGAACACUGCUAUUUUCAAAACAGCAAUGAAACUGUCACCAUUCACCCUUUGUCCAAUUCUUUAACCAUGGUCAACGGUCGACUGAUUUCCGAACCGCGGUCGCUUCACAGUGGCUUUCGUAUAAUACUAGGUGGUUACCAUGUGUUUCGAUUCAAUCAUCCGCAAGAAGCGCGCAAGGAAAGAAAUCUUCAACUGGUCCCUUCGACUUCAGCGGAUCUCAUCGUGAGUGACAAUCAAAGCCUUCGGUAUCGCCCAGCUUCGAUAAGCUUGUCAUGGGAACGCGAUACCCGUGUCCAGAGUCCCGACAUUGUUGAUUGGAAUUUUGCUCGUCGCGAAGCUGUGUUAAACUAUUACAAUACCGACAAUCCUUCUAACGGUUUAUCGGACGAUACCAUGGAAAAGUUAUUCAGCGGCAUUUUUUCCAACAUUGGUCACUUGAGAAAACGACGUCCCGAAAGUCGAACAGAGAUCGAUGACGAUAGUUUAUCGCGAGCAUCAAUGUCCUCCGCUCCUGUAGGGACACUUUCAACCGCGGCCACUGUUCUGGAUGACCCAAAUGAUCAACUGGUGGCCGAUUCGAUUUCAGCCAUUGUCACUGACACGGAAAGUUUGUUGCGGCUUGCAAAGGACGAAUUACAGCAUCAGUUUGAAUUGCAGCGACAAGAAUAUCAAGAUAAAAUCCGUCAAUUGGAACUCGCCAAUGCGCAAAAGGAAGAUCAGGAUAAAGAAAAAGUUAAUAUCCAAACGCACCUGCAAGAGAUGAAGGAGGAAAUGCAACGCAUGUUGCAGCAUCAGAAGACCAUCUAUGAAUCAAAAAUCAAGCGGUUAUCGAACCAUCUACCGCCCAACGUCGAGCUCAAUUCGCCGUUGUUUUCCCCACUUUACGCAGUAGAAGAUCGCGCUUUGGCGUUGAAGACCAUGAAGCAGUGGAAACAACAAAGGUAUGCCAAGAUGGCCGAAACUGUCCUGAAACAUGCCGUGACCUUGAAAGAAGUCAAUGUUAUCUCAAAAGAACUGGAAAAGCACGUCGUCUACCAGUUUACGAUUGUUCAUGACGAUCACUUUGCGAAAAGACGACAAUCAUUUUGGGAAUCAAAAAUGACCAUGCAAAUGUCGGCUCAGCCUGUCGAUCCAGCAUUGAUGACGGAACCUAAACCUUGCGUGGCGGUGCUCGUUCUUGAUCAGCAGCAUCACGUCAUGUACUUGUGGUCCCUGGAAAAGCUUCAGCAGCAGCUGGACUGUAUGCGUCCUAUGUACGAUCUCACCGAGGAACCGCUCGAUGAAAAGGACAGCCGACCUCUCGAUCCGUUCUACCCGUCGCCUUCCCCAAUCUACUCACUGGUGGGCCUAGCGAAACUUCCUCUCCGGAAUCUUUUAUACCACAAACCUCUGGAAACCGAAAUUCAAGUUUUUUGCGGAAACACCGCCGCGAGUGUAGGUCAUCUCAAAGUGAAAAUCGUUCCACUAGCUCGAUCUUUGCGAAACCAGCGCUUAGACGAUGAUGCAUGUACCGUCAGCACGGUUGGAUCCAACCGUUCGGAGCUGUUGCGUGUAGGACAACAACAGGUGUUUGAGGUUCACAUUAUUGAACUGAACGGUCUGUCAGAAACUCAUUAUACGCAGGUUCACGUCCAGUUUCGGUUGUCAGAAUUUGGCGCUGCGGUUUGGGACUCUCUGGAUGAUCGAAUCUACGUGACUGAUCCUGUCAGCGAUUUUGCAGACGGUCCCAUAAAGUUCCAUUUCAGUCAAACGCUGUCGCUUACCGUGGAUAUCGGCAUCUUGAACACCAUCGUAAACGAUGGCUUGAUACUGGAAGUGUUUGGUCGUGUGCAGCCUCAUUAUCUGGAAGACAUCGCCUCCAAGUCUGUGCAUCGCAGAAAAUGUGCAUCGCCUUCAAUAGCAUCAUCCAACGACGAUGGUGCAUCCAUUCUUUCUUUGACGAUAUCGGAACAUGCAACGGUUAAUUCGGCUGAUUUGUACCCUGUUACUACUAUGGAUAUACCCUCCUCUCAGGUCCCCAGUACACAGCAUCCAUUCGCUCAGAAUUUAUCGUUGGACCAGCGUCAUGAUGUGGUUGCUUGGAUACAAAUCUGUGAAUUGACGGCUGAAGGGCAGCAUACUCCGGUGGAUGUGGUGUCUCAGUCUUUUCAGGACAACGUAUUUUUGCUUCGACAGGGAGUCCAACGAAGGCUUGUGUUGACACUGGUACACGAUUCGGGGGCCCAUUUACCAUGGAAAGAAGUAUGCCAAGUCACAAUGGGUAAUCCGCGCUUGGUGGAUGCCAAAGGCUCAACACUGUCGUCGGAAGCUUCAUCAGAAGUCGGCAUCCCAUUGCUGAAAGACCAGCAGCUGACGUUACAAGACGAUGGUGUCAGCACACUCACUGUGCAAGGAACUUGGGACAGCUCUUUGCAUGAUGCUGACUAUCUCAACCGGAUAACAGCUACCAACUGCAAAAUUCUUCUCGACGUCGGCUGGCAAAUUCAAUGUGAAUCCCCUGUCAAUGUGUUACCGUUCAAGAUGACCAUUGCAGUACAAAUUCGAGGUCGAGAUGGCGCUAGCACCAGCACCUCGAUGUUCCGCCAAUUGAUUGGCACCCAGCGUAUCUUGCAUAAACAGAGUGGAUGCUUUGCGGUCCAUCUGAAGCCAUCUUUAACCCAUGAUUUACGGAAUCUGUGGCGGUUCAACACGGCCAACCAAUACGUUCGCGGAGAAGAGUUGCUGGGAAAAUGGCGACCACGAAGUGUGUCGUUGGUGAACGAAUAUCGCUUGGCGAGAAAAAAGAUGCUGUGGAAACAAGAGGUUGAAGACACAAGGCAUACUCUCUGCAUCACUCCUUAUUCUUCUCGGCGAUGGUCUCCGACACCGAGAGGGUCUCUUCAGUCGUCCAAUUUAGAGCGUGGCACAGAACGUGACACCCAACUGAUCGAAAGUGUGCUGAAUUUGUGGACCAAAAAGGCGAGUUUCCAGCAAGAGAUGGUUCUAAGCGAGCAUCCGCUCCCAGAGACGUAUACAGUGGCGGAUUCCAAAGAUCGAUCGCCUGUACCAAGGCGGCGGAUCAAACUUAUACCCAAGAUUGAACGAAUUAUGCCAAAUGAUAAAGUGACCAAGAAAGGGCCGCUUCUGCAAUGGGAUGCUCCUCACGAUGAGUGGCUGAAACAUUACUUUGUCCUAAGGAGGCCUUUAUUGAUCAUUUACGACGAUUCGGCAGAAACUGAAGAAGUAAGUGCUGUCAACCUUGAUGGCAUCCGCAUCGAAUAUAACAACCAUCGUGAAACCGAACCUUCCCCUUACCAACACACAUUUACUAUUUAUACCAAGAACAACUCGUACUUAUUGCAAGCUGCGUCGCAUACAGAAAUGGUGGAUUGGAUAUCCAAGAUUGACCAGUUUUAUCCCAUAGAUACCCUAUCGUGAUACAUUAUAUUCCCAACCGUACCCAAAUGUCAGACUUUCAUCCUCUGUUAUGAUAUCACUCUUUCCAAUUUCCAUAUGCAGCCACUAUGAGAAUAGGAGCUACGGUUUUGUAAAGCAAAUAUCUUCGAAAACUCGCUGUAUAUAAAUAGAUGGCUCCUCAACUAUUGUUCUGCAAGUGGGAAAAUUCGUAAACUGUUGUUGCCUAGACAAAUUCUCGGUCUGACAAAGAAACAGUCACCGGAAGAGCCGGCUGAUUAAUGCG